UCCUCUUGGAGUGGGCGGAGCUAGUGUGAUGUGGCGUUUUAAUCCAACUGCGGAUUGGUUUUACAGCGGAGUCUAGCGGUGAAGAGACUCACUUUGCUGCCUUAACUCCUCGCACAACGACUAUUAACAUAAACAAUGGAGACGCAGGAAUGAUAGAGAAGCAAAACAGAAGUUACGUAGCAUGCUAGUAAAACUUUGUAAGUGAGUUUCUCGGGGUUUUUCUUCGUGGGGAGACAGUUGGGGUUAACGGCGGUAGACAGUCCGCUGGGGAGUCAACAUGGAUGUCCUGGGAGCAACGGUGCGUCUCUAAAAGGAAGAAUUUAGGCCGUUUUUCUGGGUUAUUCUGGUCGAAGAGUUUGUCUGGAGAGAAGCUGAAAGGGAUUUGAAACAGCCGACUAAUUCGCCAGAUGUUCAGGCUGUGGAGGCGAGACGUACCGCUUUCAGAGAGGCUUGGAGAGGGCUCUCCGUUCCCCGGGUCUCCCGGACCCUCGUCCUCGGCUGUACCGAUGGGGCCCAACAUAUCGUGGCUCUCCGAGGCCCCGCUCCUGGGCCCGGACCAGCCUAUAUUUCUGAUGACCCCAGCGGCGCAGGCUGUGUCCGGCUUCUUUGUCUGGACCGCGCUCAUCCUCACCUCCCACCAGAUCUACAUGCACCUGCGCUUCUACACCUCGCCCAGGGAGCAGCGACACAUCGUUCGAAUCCUCUUCAUUGUUCCCAUCUACGCCUUUGACUCCUGGCUCAGCCUCCUCUUCUUCACCAAUGACCAGUACUACGUUUACUUUGACACCAUCAGGGACUGCUACGAGG